AUGGAAGGUGGAAGAGAUCUACCGACCAAGAGUGAACCGAAGAAAUUAACAGGAAUAUUGGUUGAUGGUUUAAUUGAUUACGAAAAUGACGAAACUUUAGAAAUCAAGGAAGAAAUCAUCCAAGAUCAAGAGACUACAGGCGAAAAUCGUAAUGAAAAGUACGAAUCGAAAUUCUGUACUAUCUAUAUGAAAGAAGAUAAUAUUUUUUCUGCUGAGAACAAAUUGCAGAGUCAAAUGAAAGAAAAAUUUCCGGAUACAAAACAUAAACCGGAAAUGAAAUACAAAUGCGAAAAGUGUGCGCGAGGCUAUAAAACUAAAUCUAGCUUGUAUAAUCAUAAAUUACUCGACUGCAAUAUCGUGCCACAGUACAGUUGUGGAUUUUGCAGCAAAUCAUUUAAACGGAAGUCUAACAUGAGUCGGCAUGUGGGUGCUGUACAUCUUAAAACAAAUUCACAAACACCACAAACUAGUUAUAAUUGCAGCAAGUGUUCUCAAAGUUACAACUGGCUAAAUGGUUUAUAUCGACAUAAACGUAUGGAACACGCAGCAGUCACACAAACAUUUUUUUGCGAUUCUUGCAAUUAUACAACGAAUCGCAAAAGAAAUUUGUCAAGACACAUCACUUCACGUCACCUUCAGACAUCGAAAUUAAGACAUAAAUGCGACAAAUGUUCGCGAAGUUACAAAUGGCUUAAAGAUUUGUAUCGACAUACUCGCUUAGAACAUUCAGAAGGCAAACCGCCACAAUUUAAUUGCGACAUUUGUGAUUACCAAACGAAACGCAAACGUGACUUAUCAUUACAUAUUACUGCAGUACAUCCUAAUAAGUAAUAAUUAUUACGCACAUAAUAUGUCUAUCAUUAGCAAGUUUCUCAUACUGAUUGAAAAAAAACUCUUUCGGGAAUUAAAGUAGACUCUGAUUUUCUAGAAAUAUAUGUUUACUCUUCGUCAAUAUCGAAAUAAAUUAUUUUUUUAUUAACUUUAUAUUUAUUACUGCACGUUUUGUUUAUUUAGAAAGCCAUAGGCAUGAAAAGGUAUAGAUUAAGGACAAUUUUUGUUUUGUUUAACCGACAAGCGUUAGUAAUAUUUCACCAGAAAAAUUUUGUGCGUUGAAUUAGUUUUGAUAAUUUACGCUAAAAAUUUUUUAUUGUGUCGGACAAAUAU